AUGUUUUAUGAAAACAUUAUCGUUCAUUUCGACUUGAAAGGAGCACCGCCACGGGUACCUUAUUUUCUCGAGCUGCUGGAUACUGUAGCAAAAUCUGGCGCCACUGGAAUUAUGAUUGAAUGGGAGGAUAUGUUCCCAUGGAUGGGACAGUUAGCAAUUGCUAGAAAUAACGACGCUUACUCACUUGACGAUGUACAGAAGAUUUUAAGCAGAGCCAGAGAUCUCAACCUGGAGGUCAUUCCAUUGGUUCAGACAUUCGGCCACUUGGAAUGGAUUCUGAAACUUGAACAGUUUAGAAAAUACCGAGAAAAUGAUGAAUACCCACAGUGGCAUGAAACCAACGGCAUUCGGGAGAAGCAAAGUUCUGAGAAAAUGCCAGGUUGCACAGAACUUCCUAUCUAA